UUGGAGUCCCCGCUCAUGAUCCCGCUCCGCAGCGUCGAGCUGACAAGAUGCGUUGUUUGAUGCUUCUCUGUCUUUUCUUGGCGCCGCUUCAACAGAGACCAAAAUUCGUGGCAGCUGUCGAUCAAACGAAGCGCGACAUCACGGAAGCCAUUCAACGAGACUUCACGAAACUCUACGGUCAGCGUUAUCUGUGCAAGACAGACAACAUACGAGCACCGACUCCGGUGUCGUUGAUGUCGUCUCUGUGUUUCUGCGAUGCUCAGUGUUCUCGCUACGGGGAUUGCUGUGUGGACGUAGACAUAAGAGACAAGAAAGAAGAGCGCGAAGGCUACCACUGUAGUCAGUUGGGGCUAAGACAUUUCUACACGAAAAUGGGUUGCGGAGAAGACGAUGAAGACGAUCCGACUUUCGCUAAAUCUCGUUGCGAAGAAGCCCCACCACGAAGCGAUUCGGUUUCGCACCUCAUAGACCAGCCUCAGUUCCAUAUUAAGAGUCGAACACUCUACAAGAACAUCUACUGCGUUUUGUGCAACGAACCGUUUUCCUACAUCAAGGAAGCCCGAGGGGAUAUCCAUCAUUGGAAGCAGCGGUACAUGUGGUACAGUGAGGAAAUGACGCCGGAUACGUGGUCAGUCGUGAGAAUGACGAAUAAGUGGCGGUACGACGCCAAAAUUCGACAGUACAUCGUCACGGAGAACGGCAGCGAAUAUAGAUUCACGGUGGACGCCGAAGAGUACGAUUGGGCGAAUUUCUCCACCCAUUUCAAUACUCGCCCGUGUCCCGACGUUCACGUGAUCGAGGACUGCCCCGCUCGAGACGAGAACCAUGAGGUCGAUGCCGAUAUGGAAGAAUGGGAAAAAUACUGUCCUCUGUACACGGCGUACGUCCAUUCGGACACGUUGGACGCUUAUCAGAACGUUCAUUGCGCAUUGUGUCGCGGAAUUCCAUUGGAUCGACUCUAUCCGGGACUGCCAUCGGUGUCCACCGACGAACGAGCGAUCCAGAGCGGCAAGAAAGGCGAUAUGUUCAAUUCGUACAGGAUAAAGCUGAACUGCAAACCCGGCGAGGUUGCCGUUCUGAACUCGUUCUGUAGCCCGGUGCUAUGCCAACCGGGCUGGAUCUGGAACGGAGCCCAUUGUGUCUCCCAGGAGGGUGAGGUCGGAUGUUUCUACCUCACUCUCGAAGCCGAAUGGGUGAAAUUCAUGAUGAACGGCUCCGUUAUGCUCUUGGAUUCGAAACAGAUAUUCAAUCAGUACUCUAACAUAACGUCGAAAAACGGAGUCCCGACUCACGUGAGAGUGUGUCUGAAAACAGCAAUCACAGUAUCUCUCGAGCCGGCGCAGGAACUCGUCGCCGAAAUUUGCCUGAUGUCAUCGUCGAUCUGUCUUUCGCUGCAAGUCGUCGUUUAUCUCAUGCUGCCCACCCUUCGAGUGAAUCGUCCGGGGAAGAUUAUCAUGUCGCUAUCAAUCACAAUUCUUUUAGGCCACGUUAUGUUCCUGAUUAAAGAUGACAUUCAACCAGGCACCUACAUGUGUUUGUCGAUUGGUCUGAUGGCGCACUAUUUCUACUUGGCAUCGUUCUUCUGGAUGCUCGUUAUGGCUCUCGACUCGUGCCGCUGUCUGGCCGUGAAUGUCUUCAACGCCAAAGGAGGCCCAUACCUGAUGAUAAAAUACGCUUUCGUAGGAAUAUUCUGUCCGGCUCUGAUCGUUUGCGUUUCGAUACUCUACGAUGGCUUCCUACCGCACAGCAAGUACGCUCCCCGUUACGGUCGCGAAGUUUGCUGGAUCGGAUCUCGGUACGGACUCAUGGCGUUUUUCGUCGUUCCAAUCGUGACGAUCCUGAUCGUGAACUUUUUGCUCUUCGUUUUCACCGCAAUCACCGUCCGCAAAGUACAGAAUCGUUCGGCAAAGUUCCGGACGAACCCUUCGGGCUUCAACAAUGAAUUGGUUCGACUUAAACUCUAUAUGCGACUCGCGGUGGUCUUGGGAUUCACCUGGUUUUUCGGCGUCUUGUCAGCCUUGACCGAUAUCAGUUGGCUCUGGUAUCCUUUCUUCAUCCUAGGUGCCGCUCAGGGCGUGUUCAUAUUCGUCGCCUUCACCUGCAAACGAAAGGUGUGGCAUGAGCUCCAACAGAAGUUCUCCGGACAUAAACGCUACGGCGUGCCCGGCAAAUACCGCACGAGCAUGGACGGAAGUUUCAAAGUGAGUUCUCUCCGGCGAUCGUCUCACCAAGAGCCACCGCCCCAGACUCACAAACACACAACGAAGAACGGAACUCAAGCCGCGUCGAAGCAGAGCAAAUCACUUGUCCCAGCGAAUCAAGCAGAAAGCUUCAAAUUGGAGAAAGAAGUCACUUGA